GAUUAUUCAACCAUGCAUUUUAAUUCUAUUUAAACUGCUCGUAUACAGAUUGAAAUGUCUAAUUUCUUCCGGGUUGUACAAAACAAGCCUUGUUUGAACUUCCUAACAGGACAAAAAAUGGAGGACUCAAAUGAUGUUCAGUUUGAAACAUUAUCGGAUGAAUACAGUGCCAGAAGUUUCUAUGAGCAUUAUAAGGAUAAUCUGCCACAGAUGGUCAUGGUGACACAGGGAUACAUGGGAGAGGGCAUCUUUGAGACAUUUGACAGAGGACAGGUUUUUAGAAUACAAACAUAUACCAAACAGAAAAGAGUGAUUGCACUGGUUGUUUCUGGUGAAAAAGGGAUGUACGGGUUACAGGGAAGACAAAUUAGUAUUCCCGCUGAUUAUGACGUCAAGUUUCACGUUUUGAAACUAGGAAAAUUCAAAGUAGGUAAACCAGCCAGUUUAAAAGAAAUCUUGGAGCGCAAAGAACUCCCGUUAGAUGUCCAAUUUGCUGGAGACGAGAAAGUUUUAAUUGGAUCGACAGCAAGAACAGCAUCCUUUACCUUGACACUUGUCAAUACAUAUGAGGAUUUUUAUCUGCUUGGGAAUGCUAUAUGUGAUGGUAAACUUUAUGACAGCGUCACAGCUGUUCCUGCAUAUCUACCUGACCUUAGGUUUUCUAUUGUGAAAUCUAUAAAAGGAUACAGCGAUGACCAAUAUAAGACCUUCAUGUCCGUUACUGACCAGUUUGUAAAGGAACAUAUAACUUUUGACCAAUCAUUUGGUAACACAGAAAUUGCCCUGUAUUCAAAUGAAAGAAGCCAGGAAGUUGAAAGCUCUGUCGUAGAAAGUUAUGCGUAUAUCUCACCAUGUGAAUACUAUAACAUCGGGGACCUUCUCAGACAUGACAAACCAAAGCCUGCCACAAAAAAGGGAAAGAAAGGAAAUGAAAAAGUGUAUGAUGUAUUACGGGUUUCAAAAUACGACAACCAAACUUAUGCUUCAAUGGAUGCUGAGCAAACAGAUACAAGUGAUCUGUCUACGAGUGGAAAGAAAACUGAGGAGUCGACUCGAACAAACCAAAUACCUAAUACGGAUGAAAAGGGAAUAGCAGAUAAAGCUAACACCCAAUCUGAGACCGUAAAGAAAGACCCACCACCAAUACCCCCAAAACCACCUCAGUCAAUAACGGACAAACCUUCCAUUAUAACUGCAAAUACAGACACCGUUUUGCCUCCCGCAAUCGAUAACAUAACAUAUAUGUCGACUCCACAAACAGAAGAAAACGUAGACAGCAGAGCUGAUAACGUUAUAUCUGGUUAUACUGGAACACUGCCGCCUGCUACAGUCGAAACAAAAGAACCAGUUCCUUCAACGAAAGAACAGCCUACAAGACGAGAGCAUGAGGCAGAAAUGGUAGAUGUUGAGUUUGAAACCGCCAAAGAAGAUUACAGUGCUAGAAGCUUUUAUGAGCACUACAAAGAUAACCUUCCACAGAUGGUCAUGGUGACUCAAGGAUAUAUGGGAGAGGGUAUCUUUGAGACAUUUGACAGGGGUCAGGUUUUUAGAAUCCAGACAUAUUCGACACAGAAGAGAGUUGUUGCAGUCGUAGUUUCCGGUGAAAAGGGGAUGUACGGAUUGCAGGGAAGAAAAAUCAGUAUUCCUGCUAAUUAUGACGUCACUUUUCAUAUCAUGAAACACGGAAAACCGAAAGGAAAGUCGAUUAGACUUAAGGAGAUCUUAGAACAUAAAGAGCUUCCAAUUGAAGUACAGAUUUCUGCACAUGAGGAUCAAUAUGCAGACCAACAACAUCUUGGUCCUUUACUAAGGACAGGCCUAUUUACCCUCAGGCUUCUCAAUACGUACGAUGAUUUCUUCCUCCUUGGAAACGCUAUCUGUGAUGGAAAUUUGUAUGGUAGUGUAACGGCAGUCCCUGCUUAUCUCCCUGAUCUACAGUUCUCCAUCGUGAAGUCUAUAAAAGGUUGCACUGGUGAACAGUACCUCCAUUUCCUUUCUGUUACAGACCAAUUUGUCAAAGAUAAUAUAACAUUUGACCAAACCUUUGGCAAUACAGAUAUUGCGCUAUACUCACCUGAACAGGCACAUGCUGAAGAAAGCUAUUCCUACAUAUCACCCUGUGAAUAUUAUAAUAUUGGUGACCUAUUGAGAAACAACAAGGCAGAACCAGUCGUCAAAAGACAAAAACAAACAGACAAGGUGUACGAAGUAAUCCGAGCAUCUACAAUAUCAAUGAAUCAACAGGAAAGCCAGUACGAAGUAACAAUAUUCGGCGAAAAAACAGGGUCUACUAGUAAUCCAAAAUUUGAUCCUAAUAUAAUUAAGGACGCCAAAAAGCAACUGCGGAAUACAGGUAGUUUCGGAUUGCCUCGAAAGAAUCAGAAUCAAGGAGAAAAUAACAAUGAAGACCAAAAAUCGUUUGCAGAUUCGGGAAAUACGCUUCUUUCAUCGAAGACCAAAGACCAACAAAAGCAGUCAGAAACAUCAGUCAAACAAGGAAAGGUCGCAUUAGAAAACAAAAGUGAUACCAAAAAUACGGAUUCCUUUUCUAACUUAACACGUAGACCCAAACCAACCAGUCCACAUACUAGUACGGACGUACCACCACGUAUCCCUGAGAGGCGGUCAAUCGUUGAAAAUAUAGGAUUAGUUCGUCCUUCACCAUCAACUAAACCUGCAACUACUACGGUUCAAAGGUCACAAACAUCGGAACCGGAAGUGGUUGUAGAUGUUGCUUCGUUAACUAUAGAGGACGUUAGCGAAUGGUUAAAGAAAUUGAAACUGGAUAAAUAUUCGGGUGUUUUUGAAGAAAACCAGGUUGAUGGUUGUAUUCUCAUGUCUAUUGAUGAAGACAUGUUAAAAGAAGAUUUCCAUAUGAGUCGAUUCGAAGUCAUGAAACUGAUGAAAUUUGUAAGAAAUGGGCACGUGCCGCGUACAAGAGUAACGGAGAGUUAACUCUAUCCAAUGUUUGGAUAUAAUGUAACCAUACAAAUUUUAGUUUUUUAUGGAUAUAUAUAUAUGGAUACACUACAGCUAGAAAUCAUGUUUAGCUAAUAGUUUUUCAGUAAUUAAUGCCAAAUUUGAUUUGCAAAUACAAUUUGACAAAUGCAAUCGGCAAGUGCUACUCUGGUGCAUUUAUGUAGGAAAAAAUGUCAUUUGCUGUCAUCCUUGUUAAAUAUUAUGUUUUAUUUAUACAAGAAGUAUUUUAUAAAUCAUCAACAAAAGUAAAAGAAAACCAUGUAAUUGCUGUCUUGUAAGAAUUACAAUAAUUCUAUUUUACUAUAAAUUUUGACAUUUUUGUGUUAAAAAACCAAUCAAAAGGCAAGAUUAGCCCCUGCGAUUUAUUGAAAUGGAUUCCAAAAUGAUACACACAUUUGAAAUAAAACGUGUGUUUAAGUAAAACCUAUUCCAUCGCAACGUAACUGCGUUACUGAAAACAAAUAACAAAUUUAUUUUGUAGAGUAUAUAGGGUUUGAAAAUUUUCUGACAAUAAUCCAGGUGUUGUCUUUAAAAUUCUAUUCUGAUACGAGUACUAUUACCUUUC